UUGUCGGUACCCAAAUGCCAAGUUUUGUGAAUGAGAAAAAGGAGAAAAUCAAUGAUGAAACUCUGACUGAUUGUUGCUCGACGAGACCGUGAACCUACUUUGUAUUCUUGACUGAGAGAGAGAUACAGUCCAACGUUCAGACCGAACCACUCAGUUUCUGAUAUCCCCAUAUUUAAAUUCUCGAGCACAUCAUCGAGCUGGCAUCCCCACCACUCACAGAGAAGGUGUAAAGAUCAGAAAAUCUGUCUUAAGCGAAAGAAUUUCGCCCAAAAACGAGAAGAUCUUUCUGGGUUUUGUUCGUGAUGAUGAUUUGAAGUAUACCCAGAAGCUAACUAGGCUCAAAACCUCUCAAUUCAUUUCAAAUUCGACCAAAACUAUAUUGCAUCUUUGGAUUGAUUGCCGAUUUACUAUAUUAGGAGCACCCAAGAAUCAAAUUUCUGAUUUGGUUAUAUCUUUAUGAGGAAAGCAAGAAAGGGUUGGGGAAUAAAAUUAUAUUUUUGAAUCGGGCUCAUUUUGUUUCUGUGGAGGACAUGAAUUUUAGGAGCUUAGACGAGUUUUGGGCUUUCUAUGUGAACCAACACUCAAAACCAUCCACACGGCGCUGGCAUUUUGUGGGCAUGCUUACUGGUAUUUUCUUCUCGCUUUGCUCGGUGGUCUUUAGCUGGUGGUUUUUGUUCCUCGUGCCAUUCUUUGGGUAUGGAUUGGCCUGGUACAGCCAUUUCUUUGUCGAAGGGAACGUUCCGGCCACGUUCGGGCAUCCGUUUUGGUCUUUUAUAUGUGAUUUCAAGAUGUUUGGAUUGAUGCUUACAGGGAAAAUGGAUAAGGAGAUCAAGAGGCUUGGAAAGAGGCCUGUGUUGCAGGUCUUUUAAUAGAUGCCUGGAUUAUUUGGUUGAUGCAUAAGUUUGUGGUAACGCUGAGUUGAAGGAUGGACAUGCUGUCCUAUAAUUUCUUACAACUAUGAAUGCAUAUUACAUGGAUAUUCUUAUGUGAUUAGAAUGUCAGUUUGCACAUUACGUGGUUUUCUUAUGAAAGUUUGGUCAAAACAGAAAUUUUAUGUAACCAAAUAGUAGAUGGUUGCUGUAACUGUCACAGACUGGAGAUUUAUAUGAUUCACCAGUGUGCCUGCUUUGAGGAAAAAUAACCAAUAUCCUUCAACUGAUGUCUCCCAAUGGAUAUAGUCAAAACUACUCCAGUUUCGCUCAAACCGAAAAAGCAUUGUUCGGACUAUGGAGUUAGGACACACAAAAACCCGAAGUAGAUAAAAUCACGGGUUGAUGGGUUAAGCUGAGGUUAAAGCAUAGAGGAGAUAUGCUCAUGACCUCGUUUCAUAUAUUGCCAAAGCUUGGAAA